AUGUGCGAUACCAUUCCAGACUUCAGCAACUACACGCUGGCCACUUUCAACCAGACUCUUCUUAGUGACCUGACGCAAUGCACCCCUUGCAUUUGUCCCAUUGUCCUCGAUGGGGUUAUCCUCGCCAAUACAUCCUACUUCCCGACUUUGGCAGGCAAUGCGCUAUUUGCAGGAAUAUUCGGAACGCUUCUGAUAGCCCAAAUUGUCAUCGGGAUAUCCCAUCGCACUUGGAAGUUCCUUAUUGCCAUAGUUGGCGGCCUGGUACUGGAGAUAUUGGGAUACGGAGCCAGAAUUGGCAUGAGGUUCAAUAUGUUUACACAGACAUUUUUCAUCAUGUACCUCGUUUGUCUUACCAUCGGCCCUGCGUUUCUCUCGGCCGCCAUUUACCUGACAUUCUCCCAUCUUAUCAUCAUCUACUCCGAGUCGAAUGCGCGAUUUAAGCCACGUACAUACACAUACGUAUUCAUCAGUUCCGACGUAGUAGCUCUCCUCUUGCAGGCUGCUGGAGGUGCAAUGGCCUCCAUCUCCACCCCCGGCUCAUCCAGCCAGCAUAUCGGUAUCAACAUCAUGGUCGCCGGUGUGGCCUGGCAGGUAUUUUCCCUCGCGAUCUUCGCAUUGCUAAGUUUCGACUUCUUUUUACGGGUGCGAGCAGCAAAACGCUCUUUGUACGCUGUAAAUCAUUCGCAGACCUCUGCGUAUCUGACUCUCGCAGAACCAUCAAAAAAACCUGACGUGGUUUUGUUCAACCCAGCUUUUGCUGAGAUACGCCUACGCCCACGCUUCCGCUUCUUCAUCUUCGCCAUCUUUGCUGCUAGCGUAUUCAUUUUCGUCCGGUCUGUAUUCCGCUGUGCCGAGCUUUCGGGCGGUUUCGGUGGUCCGCUUGCCAACGAAGAGAUCACAUUCAUGGUACUCGAAGGCUGCAUGAUGAUACUUGCUUGUACUCUUCUCACCGUCUUGCAUCCCGGCCUAGUUGUUGGCGGUGUGAUGUGGAGAAUGGCGAGCUGGAAAUCCCAAAACCCUGAAGGUGGUCUAGAUCUAGAUGAUUACCCUGGGAAUGAUUUCGGGAAAUGAUCGGAUGAUAUCACACGAACGAUGGAUACACUGUGAUAGAUUUCAGAAUGCACUUUUUCUCAGUAUAUCAGUUCGAAGUCACCAACAAGCAUUACGUU